AUGUUGAACGAAACUAUUCACGACCUGCUGGUCACUGACAAGCCCAGCCUUGUUCAAGGCGCAAUGUCAAAUGCCUACGUGCUUCGCUGGAAGCUCGUCGGGGCCAUUGUGGUCCUCAUGGCUGUUACCCAGAUCACCAAAAUGAUCUACCGGGCCCACAUCGACCCUCUGCGGGCCAUACCCGGACCUUGGAUCAGUUCAGCAACAUCAGCCUGGAUCCGCUGGCAACGUUGGCAUGGCAGACUGUCCUUUGAGGCAGACAAGCUCAUGACAAAGUACGGACCCAUCGUCAGGAUCGCACCGAAUCUCGUCAUUCUCAACGACUCCGAGUCAGUGGAGAAGAUCUUCGUCAGGAAAGAUCUCGACACUUCGCCAAAAUCUAUUCGAGCCCUUCGUGUCGGCGGCCAUGACUGGACUGUCACGUACCCUCAACAUCCCAUCGCGCGGCAAAGACGUCACCCCGUCAUGAUUGCUACUACGACAAAGAACAUGAAGUUCUGGCACGAUACCUUCGUGACCAACAUCGAAGCCAUGGUCCGUGAUCUCGGAAAGACAGAGGGUCAAAAGUCGGAAGACAUUGUCUACCACCUCCGCAUCUGCACCCUCAAGAACUCGCAAGUCGUUAUGGGCGGUACAGGUGUCGACCUCGAGUCCAGCGAAUUCCCACACGUUGUCGGCGAGUACAACUUUCUCGUCGUUUGGCGUCUGUGUCUCCCAGAAUGGCUAUUCGCAUGGCUCCAGUACAGCCCGUUCGCCCAUGCGCGCUUCCGCGUACGAUCCAGUGACAAGCUCUUUGACCUAGGCGCAGCGCUGUGCAAGCAGGCCAAGGAAAUGGCCGAGGACUCAACCGCCAACGUCUUCAAGCUCUUCACUGACCCAGACGCAAAGUACCCCCUCGAAGAUUCAUGGACGGACCCGGAAAUCGGCGCGGAAAUGGCAGGCCAGGUACUCGCUGCUACUGAGACGACCUCAUCAGCCCUCGCAUUCAUCUACUACGAGCUAGCAAAGAACCCAAGUCUUCAAGAAGAACUGUACGAGGAGGUUGCCGCCCACGAGGGUUACGAAGAGCUUGACUCGUUGAAGCUCCUUUGUGCAUGCGUUAACGAAGGUCUGCGUUUCCGCCCACCAGUCGCUCUAACAGGUUCCCGCCUCGUACCAGAGGGUGGCAUCAAUGUCCUCGGCUACCACCUCCCCGCCGGCACGGUCGUCACCACACAGUCCCUCAGCAUGUCUCGCCAGCGUCCCGACCUCUUCCCCGACUUCGAUACCUACAACCCGCGACGCUGGCUCGUCGAGGAUGAAUACAGUGCUGAGCGAAAGAAGCAUCUUGUUCCUUUUGGUGUAGGAGCGAGACGCUGUCCAGGAGGCAACAUGGCGACGUACCAGAUGCGAGUCAUCUUGGCGGCUACAUUCAGGGCGUUCAAGGUUGAACUUGCGCCGGAGACAACGCCAGAGGCGAUGGCGCCUUUUGAGGCGAAUGGAUACAGGAGCAGGCACGAUCGAUGUGACCUGAUCUUCAAGCCCAGGACCGCGUGA